AUGAGCAAGCUCGAAAUAUUUCGCCCGCCAGCGCUCCAACUACCCGAUGACCUCGAUUCCUCCGCCGCCUCGCCCUCUCGCUCCAAGAAUCCGCACCCUCUCUUGCCGACUCAACCAGACCUCGCCCUCACGAAGGUUCGAUCACCCGCCACGACAGCCGCGCGCAAUUCCAAGCGCAUCGUGCUGCAGCGCUGCCACGUAUGCAAUCUGUUAUCCAUCCCGCCCUGUCGCACGUGCCACCUCUUUCUCCCCGCCCCGUUUCCCGCCGAGACCGCCGCUUCCACCCACCCUCCGCCUUCGCAACCCACGCGACUCGCCUCGUCACGCCCGUCCGAUUGGGCCCGCUCCGGCAAGUCCUCUCAUCUGGACCAUGGUGGUAGCAGCAGCGGCGACAUCGGCGAUCUUGCCAAGUGGCUGGAUAUCCGCAACUUGCCGUGCCGCAUGAUGGAACUCGCCAUGGCAGGUUAUUCAUCGGAGUCCGGCUCUCCGCCUUCCCUCUCCAUUGACAGCAAUCGUUCCUUCGAACCGCGAGGGCGUCCGAGCGGCAAGUGCGCUGAAGUUUCGCUUCUUGGGGGAGGGAACGGGGAAUAUCAGGAAGCGGCGCACGGGGGAAACCGCAAGCCAGGCGGGAGCGGAGACAAGAGCGCGCCAGGCGGCUGGACAGCUGCGCGCGCCGCCGCUGCGGGAAGCGCCCGGUUUGACGCCGAGGGAGCAGCCAUGGCGUUAGCUUUCGAUGAGUUCGGUCGGCCGUUUAUAAUCAUACGCGAGCAGGAGAGCAAGUCGCGCGUGAAGGGUCUGGCGGCGCAGAAGGGGAACAUCCUUGCCGCCAAAUCCGUCGCGAAGAUUCUCCGCAGCUCGCUCGGGCCUAAGGGAAUGGAUAAGAUGCUCCAGAGCGGCGACGGCGACGUCACUAUAACGAAUGACGGCGCGACGAUUCUGGAGCAGAUGGAGGUGGAGAACCACGUGGGGCGGCUGAUGGUGGAUCUGUCCAAGAGCCAGGACUUCGAGAUCGGCGACGGCACCACCGGCGUCGUCGUCACGGCCGGCGCGCUGCUAGAGCAGGCGGAAUCUCUUCUGGACCGCGGAAUUCACCCCAUUCGCGUGGCGGAGGGGUACGAGAUGGCGUCCAAGAUCGCCACGGCGCAUCUGGAUGCGAUCGCGGAGACGUUCGAAUUCUCCAAGGAUAACUUCGAGCCUCUCGUCGAGACGUGCAUGACCACGCUCUCCUCCAAGAUUGUUGGUCGCUGCAAGAGGCAGAUGGCGGAGAUUGCAGUGCAGGCAGUCCUCGCCGUAGCAGACUUGGAACGCCGUGAUGUGAAUCUGGAGCUGAUCAAGGUGGAGGGCAAGACGGGCGGGCGGCUGGAGGAAACGGAGUUGGUGCGAGGGAUCAUAGUGGACAAGGACUUCAGCCACCCGCAGAUGCCCAAGCGGAUUGAGGACGCCAAGAUUGCGAUCCUCACGUGCCCGUUUGAGCCGCCCAAGCCCAAGACGAAGCAUAAGGUUGAUAUCGACACGGUGGAGAAGUACGAGCGGCUGCAGGAGUCGGAGCGGAAAUACUUUGACGAUAUGGUGCAGCAGUGCAAGGAUGCGGGCGCAACACUCGUGAUCUGCCAGUGGGGGUUUGACGACGAGGCCAACCAUCUGCUCAUGCACCGGGGCCUGCCUGCUGUGCGCUGGGUGGGGGGUGUGGAGCUGGAGCUGAUCGCGAUCGCCACUGGCGGCCGCAUUGUGCCUCGCUUUCAGGAGCUCACACCUGAGAAGCUGGGCAAGGCGGGUGUGGUGAGGGAGAAGGCAUUCGGAACCACCAAGGAUCGCAUGCUCUACAUUGAGGGGUGCGCCAACUCACGCGCCGUCACCAUUUUCAUCCGCGGAGGCAGCAAGAUGAUGGUGGAGGAGACGAAGCGCAGCCUGCACGACGCGCUGUGUGUGGCGCGCAACCUCAUCCGAGACAACCACAUUGUGUACGGCGGAGGCUCUGCAGAGCUCACGUGCUCGCUGGCAGUCGAGGCUGCAGCCGACACGGUCCCGGGGGUGGAGCAGUACGCCAUGAGGGCGUUCGCAGAGGCACUGGAGGCGGUGCCCAUGGCUCUGGCGGAGAACAGUGGCCUGCCGCCCAUCGACACGGUGUCCAGCAUCAAGGCACAGCAGGUCAAGGAGAACUGCCCAUACUUGGGGGUGGAUUGCAUGGAUGCAGGCACAAACGACAUGCGCAAGCAGAAGGUAUUCGAGACGUUGAUUGGCAAGAAGCAACAGCUGUUGCUGGCCACACAGGUCGUGAAGAUGAUUCUCAAGAUUGAUGAUGUCAUCGCACCAUCCCAAUACGAGUGA